AUGGAGAAGGAAGGGAAGGUGUUAAGUGAAGUCCAUCUUCUACACCCCGCAGGCGCGUUUGCGGCGCUGGCGGCGUACCUGCGGUUCCACAAGGAUCCGCUGGUGGACGUGAGCUUCGUGCCGCACAGCACCUCCCAUCCUCUACGCGUCGAGGACAACCCCGCCUUCACCCCCGACGCCCACGUUUUCCUUUUGGACUACGUGGGCCGUCCCGACCUCAUCCGUCGCCUCGCCAGCAAGGUGAGGCACAUCACCCUGCUGGACCACCACGACACGGCCUUCGAGCUGCUGGAAAAGUGGAAGAGCGAAGACAGCCUCCCGCACAACUUUGACUACCAGCUGAUCAAGGAGAAGUCGGGUGCCGUGAUCGCCUACGAGUACUUCUCCCAGGACCAGACGCUCAUCGCCAACGAAGCCGACCGGGCCAGGAUCGAGCGGGUCUACGCCUACGUCGAAGAUGGCGAUCUCAGGCAGAGGGCUCUUCCCCAGUCGGCAGAGUUUGCCAGUGGGCUAGGUGCGAAGAGUAUAGAGUUCAACAUCACGCGAAACAAGUCCCUCUUCCUCCAGCUGCAACUGUUGGAUGCAGACGCGCUCAUCGAAAAAGGCAGCGACGAGCUCGUGCGAGUCAAUCGCGUAAUCGCCGACAACCUUGCUCGAAGCUUUCCCAUCAAGCUGGGCGGGAGCGGCCACGACUUUGGGAGCUGCCUGGCUGUGCUCACCAAGUCGCCACAGCUGCGAUCGGAGAUGGGCCACCAGCUUGCGUGUAUGAGUGCCGCGGCCGGCCUGAGGGGCAUCGGGGCGAUAUGCUACGAGGAGAAGGGCAAGAGCGUGGUGGAUGGGGACAAGAACUACAAGGUGUCGCUGCGAGCGGUGCACGAUGAGGACACCACAGUCAUUGCCAAGUGCUACGGCGGCGGAGGACACAAGGACGCGUCGUCCUUCAUCCUCCCCAGAGAGGAGUGGGCCGCAUGGAAGACCACUACCGUCGAUUGA